AAGGGGCCCGGAAACACAGAGGGACUCCACCUUAAACCAGUCCAGGAGGCGGGACCCUUGCCCCGCGGAGUGAAAGUCCAAACUUUAUCAAAUGCGGGACGGUGCGAAGUCCAGCGGUCGGACUCGGCCGCCUGCUGGAGCUGAGCAGAGUGUGCGAGGGAGCAGCAGAACCGUAGUCAUGACUGGACAAACCCGCUUCGUCAGCCCCUUUCACAGACCACGGUGCCUGGCCGCCGCUGCCGCCGGCCCAGGAGGCAAAGCCAAGCUGACCCAUCCCGGCAAGGCCAUCCUGGCAGGAGGAAUCGCCGGCGGCAUCGAGAUCUGCAUCACCUUUCCCACUGAGUAUGUGAAGACGCAGCUGCAGCUGGAUGAGAAGGCCAAUCCUCCCAAGUACCGUGGCAUUGCGGACUGUGUGAAACAGACGGUCAACAGUCACGGGGUCAGAGGACUCUACAGAGGGCUGAGCUCACUGGUGUAUGGCUCCAUCCCUAAAGCUGCAGUCAGGUUCGGGGUCUUCGAGUUCCUGAGUAACAAGAUGAGGGACGAGAGUGGGAAGCUGGACAGCAAGCGCGGCUUCAUGUGUGGCCUGGGGGCCGGAGUGGCCGAGGCAGUGGUGGUGGUCUGUCCCAUGGAGACGGUGAAGGUCAAGUUCAUCCACGACCAGACGUCCUCCAGUCCCAAGUACAGAGGCUUCUUCCAUGGUGUCCGAGAGAUCGUCAGGACCGAGGGUCUGAGGGGGACGUACCAGGGUCUCACAGCCACGGUCUUGAAGCAAGGUUCCAAUCAAGCCAUCAGGUUCUAUGUGAUGACGUCACUGAGGAACUGGUACAAAGGCGACAACCCGAACAGAACCAUCAACCCUCUGAUCACUGGAAUGUUUGGCGCUGUGGCCGGUGCUGCCAGUGUGUUCGGUAACACGCCACUGGAUGUCAUCAAAACCAGGAUGCAGGGACUGGAAGCUCACAAGUACAAGAGCACCUUCGACUGUGGAGUCCAGAUCCUGAAGCAUGAGGGGCCCCUGGCGUUCUACAAAGGGACGGUUCCCCGGCUGGGUCGGGUCUGCAUGGACGUGGCCAUCGUCUUCAUCAUUUACGAGGAAGUGGUGAAGCUUCUCAACAUUGUCUGGAAGACGGACUGAAGUGGACCGGACGUGCUGGCCUGGUUCUUCACGUUCUCACGCUCUGACAGCUACACACACUGGACCCGAUGUUCUGUUAUGUAUCUGUGACCCAAUAUCUCUGAUGGCAGCAGAAGUUGUCCCAGCAGGUCCAUUUGAUGCUCAGGGAAGAUAGUUCUGCUCAAACCAAUGCUGCCUGUCUCUAGCAGAGCACAUGCAGAAGUUCUACCUAAAAACCCUUUUUAUUUUAUGUGCCAUUUUAUUAUAUGGGUUCUUUUUAAGCCCUGGAUCUGCCACACGCUAUAAAAAUCUAAGCCAUGAGUUUUUAUUUUGCAAAUGUAGUCAGAUUGUUCCACUCUGAAGUGACCUGAUUCUUCAGAAUCGACGAGAUGAGUGGCCAUCUCGAGAAACCUCAGAAACAUUCCAUUUGGUGAUGACUGCACCAGAUCGUGUCUUUUAAUAUAUUCUGACUGCCUUGUGGUGGUCCAUGUGACCACUGCCCAGUGACGCGUGCCUUCAGCUCAUUCCCUGCUGCUCUGUGCUAUUUUACUGACGACUUAACUGCCAACUGUGAGGUCACUUCCUGUGACUGCUCUUCAAUAAACAGCAGAGCUGAA